ACUAAUUUUUUAAGAUAUAAAAAUGUCAAAUAGACAUUUGUGAAAAUGUCAGCAAAGUUAAUAGUGCAUAAAUUUGAGGAGGGGUUUGAUUUUAAAUCGUUAUUUGUAACAAUCAAUAAUGAUUUUACUGAAACAACAUUCAGUGAAUGGUUGGAUGGGAUUACAGAACAGAAAAAGAAGAGUCCAGAAAAUUCUCGUUUAAUUAUCAAGGCGGUAUCAGGUGAUGAAAUGAAAUAUAUAGAUUUAGAUUCAUGUUGCAAAGAGAUAUCCAACAAUUCUAGUCCAUAUUCGAACUAUCAACCAGAUUGGAAAGAGCCUAUGAAAAACUCGUUUAGUAAAGAUAGGCCUCAAAUAAUGAAAAUAUCUCUGCUCAACGACUCUAACGUGAAUAAGGAUAGAGAUACACCAAAUAGUGCUGAUUUAUUUAAAAAUACCCCAUUAGAAAACAAUUCAAUUGAUGAGAAUAUUAAUCCACUUGAAUAUAGCCUUGAAAAAGUAAAAGAAACUAAUGCACAAAUUAUGAAAAAUAUCCAUAUGUUAAAUAGAACAUUAGAUUAUACAAAAAAGAAGGAAACUUUUAAUGUUGUUUGGCCAUUUUCAAAAACUAUGAACACACAUCCUUGUAAUGUAUGUGGAAAAGAUUUUGUUUACGUAACUGGAUUGAAAAAACAUUAUGCAAUGAGACAUGUUAUGCCAGAAUGCCAACAACAAUGGCAAGUUGUGUGGACAUGCACCGAGUGCUUCCAGGUUUGGCCCUGUCGAGAAUUAGCUUUGAAUCAUUCAGGACAAUGUGGUAAAGAAGAAAACACAGACUGUGUACGAGAAAUAAAAACAUCAUCACUUUUACAGUGUGAAUUUUGUGAAAAAGUUUUUACAAGUAUUCCCAGACUACUGAAGCACUCAAAACAGCAUACAAUUUCAAGUAAUUAUGAAUGUAACGCUUGCAACAUGAGUUUUCAGUCAUACAAAAAUGCAGAACAACAUUGGAUCUUCUGUCCGUGGUUGAAUAUGUGUUACAAAUUCUCAUUGCCAAAAUUACUGUUAUGUAAUGCUUGUGAUCGUAAAUUCAGAAACUACGAACAACUCUAUAAUCACAGGUACAAAGUAAGUCAUUUUAUGGCUAAAUUGAAAACAGAAUGCAAUGGCAAGUCUCCAUUGUUAGUUUACCAGUGUGAAAUAUGUGGAGAGUGGUUUCAAUCAAUACUACUUCUGCAAGGACAUAGAAAUAACUUUCACCCUCAUUAUGAUUCUAGAAUUUUGUGUAAAUCUGAAUCCUUCACUACUUAAAUAUAUUAUGUUGCUUUAAACAUA